UUCGCGCGUACAGUUUUGUCAAGGAUCGUAGAAGUGUAAUGUUGCUGUAAAAUACUCCGGACAGCGAAAUGGCCAACGAACCAGAUCAAUCAAUGUCGAUAACACAAACCAUUAAAAAUUACUUCGACGUGGACAGUUGGAGCUUCCUGAAACCAAAAUAUGAGAAAGAAGACGUAGUAUAUGGAACAUCGAAGAUCGACCAAAAUGCGGAAGUAUAUAACAUGAAUCACAAACGGAGGGGAACGGCGUUAAUCCUCAACCAGAUUCAGUUUAAAAAGAUGUCACCAAGACUGGGAGCGAAAACCGAUUCGGCCAAUCUGGAGAAAAUAUUAAAAGACAUAGGCUUUGAUGUUAAAAUCUACCACGACUUAAACUUCAAGACGAUAGCACUGACGUUAGAAGCGAUUGCUGAAGAAGACCACACGGAUGCUGACUGUCUGGUCGUAGUUGCUAUGUCGCAUGGAGAAUCACGUUACCUGCAUGCCACCGACAGCACGUAUCCCGUGGAACUGCUCUGGUCAACGUUCAUUGGCAAUAAAUGUCCCAGCCUGGCUGGCAAGCCGAAGUUAUUUUUUAUCCAGGCCUGCCGAGGGACGAGGGUGGACAAUGGCGUACAAAUGUAUUAUGAGACGGACGCCAUGGCUACCUUCAGUCUGCCUUCCUACGCGGACAUUAUGGUCGCAUACUCUACUUAUGACGGUUUCUACUCGUUCCGAAAUCCCGAUACCGGAUCCUGGUUUAUACAAGCUCUCUGCCAGGAGUUGAGUCAACACUGGCGAAGCCGCGAUCUACUCGGAAUAAUGACUUCCGUAGUGAGGCGCGUCGCUAUUGACUAUCAAUCGUUCGCGCCGCAGAACGAGGAGUUCCACCAGAAGAAACAGAUUCCGACCAUUGUCUCCAUGUUGACUCGAUUAGUGAUCUUCGAGGAAAAAGGGAAAACAGCCUCGACAUCGAAGGAAUAAAAAUGGCCGCGAAAUCAUCCAUGAAACAGCGAAGAAUUCGAUCCAGUGCCAUGGCCCUCCCUAGACGCUCUACGCCGGCUUGCCCUUUGUCAUAAACAACCAUUCUCACAGACGCGAACGAUAAAAAUCAAGUUUCCCUACGAGCAGACAAGGAAUCCGCGGUGCGAAUUUCAAAUCUCGCGCCUCGAUAAUAAAGGCGCCAGUUUCGAAUUUCGCGCCAGGAUAACAAAGGAGUAAACGCCUCUGUGACGAAUUUUAGAGCAACGCAACGAAUUGUUCCAGAUAUUUAUGAGUUUGAUGUGACAAGCGGCGCGUUAAAUUCUUUUUACUUAUUAUAUUAGAAUAAGUACGAAUACUACACAGAAAGUAAGCACGGCGGCUUAUUUAAAAAUUUUGACGACUAGUUAUAAUUAUUGAGAAACACAAAUAAUUGUAAUUAUGGAUAUUGAUAAACUUGGGA